AUGUUUUCAAUAAGGCUAGUUGUCCGUAAGGGACUCAGGUUCCCUAAACGGACACAGAUUCGUUCCGUGACCACGCUGGACGGCCGUCCGUACAUAUAUGUCAUUCCGAAUGAAUCAGCCUCUGGCGAAAGCCAUAUCCUAUCCCUCCUACCAUCGAAACCGACAAACCCCAACGUGCCCAUUGGAAUCACGUCCAAAUUACCACCAACGCCAGAAUCCUUCAAAGAGAACCGGGGUUUUUUGAAUAUCCUGCAAGAAGUCGUUUCUAAACAUGCGCACGAAGACCCGGACAACAUCUCCCAGGCCCAGAUGAUGAUUUCCACAUCUGGAGCUAAUCUGAGCUCCGGAGGGGUCUUGUUGACCGGUCAGAAAGCGCGGAGACGGCGGGCUAGCGCGGACUCGAGUGGCGGCGCCAGUGGUCAGGGUGGUGCUGGUGGUGCUGGACGAGGAGGAUGGAUACAUGUCUUCGAUGAGAGAAGGCCACCUGAGUAUGGGCGGAUUCCAUGGCCUGAGGACAUUUUUGGGAGUCUUGAAGUCGAUGGUGAGGGUAAAUUCGUUAAUGGGAAUGGGAAUUACCAACCGAGUGGUACAUACCGAACUAUUACUCGAGACGGAAUUAUUGCGCCAAGCCCAUUCCUCAGAGGGAAGUUGGUCCAGAGACUACGCGAAAUCGAAUCUCAAUAA